UCUAAAUUUCUUUUUACAUAAAGAUCAGAUUUCAUAUGGUACCGUAUAAAUUAGAGAACUAGGAUAACUGCAUGAUUUUUAAGUGAUUCAAUAAUACAAAUGACAUCUAUUACGAGUUUUUUUCACUCAAGAUCACGUAUUCAUAUUAGUAAUAGUCUUUUUUGAUACACUUGGGAUGGAUAUGAUGAAAAACAUAACAUGAAUAUGUGGUGUCAAUUGGCUGCAAGAUUAUAUUACAAAAUUUAAUCAGUAAACAACACUCCUUGAUUGAAACAAACAAGAUUAUAUCACAAACAUAAACCCUACAUUGAUGGUAAAGAAUAAGUCACUGCGAUAAACCAAGAAUUGGUGCAUGCAGAAUUUCCACUGUAAUUAUUUUGUCUCCAUAUCGUAAAAUAAAUAAAUAAAAGGAAUUAUAUUGUCUCCGCAUAACUAACAGAAUGUUUAAGUCCCGACCAAAAAAAAAAAAAAAACAGAAUGUUUAAGCUUUCCAUAAAACAAAAGGCAAGAUAGAGAAAAACCGAAUUUUUAAGCCAACCAACCUCUGCUUCUUCUUUUUAACUGUAAAAAAAAACCCCUCUGUUUCUUCUCCUUCCUGUAUAAAUAGCACUGCCCUCCGAACCUCCAUUUCACCAAUUUCUACAGUAACACUUCCCCCUCACUUUGCCUCAUCAACAACAAUGGAGAAAUCUCAAACCAAAGUCUGCGUCACCGGAGGCUCUGGCUUCAUCGGCUCCUACCUCGUCAAGAAACUGCUGGAAAAGGGCUACACCGUCCACGCCACCCUCCGCAACCUCGAGGACAAGGCGAAAGUGGGUCUCCUCACUUCCCUCCCCAACGCCGAAACCAAUUUGGUCCUUUUCAAAGCCGACAUCUACAACCCGCACCAGUUCCAAGCCGCCAUUAAUGGGUGCGAGUUCGUUUUCCACGUCGCCUACCCUCUCCAGCACAGCCGCAACAGCACCACGUACAAGGACAGGAUGGAAGCCAUGGCUGCCGGGUCGAAGAGCAUAGCGGAAAGCUGCAUCAAGUCGGGGACAGUGAAGCGGCUGAUAUACACCGCCUCUGUCAUGGCGGCUUCCCCCCGGUUUCAGGACGGGAUUGGUUACGGCGCCACCAUUGAUGAAUCGUGCUGGACUCCUCUUAACCUCUCUUUCAAUUACAGCGAUACUUUCACUUUGGAAUAUACGAGGGGAAAGACAAUAGCGGAGAAAGAGGUACUGAAGUACAACGAGGCCGGCGGCGGCGGGAAGCUGGAAGUGGUGAGCCUGGCGACGGGAUUGGUCGGAGGCGAGACGAUCCUCUCGCACGUGCCGAUGAGCGUGGAGGUCAUAAUCUCUCCAGCCACCGGAAACGUGUUUGGUUACAACCACGGGCUGAUGUUGAUACAGGAGAUUCUGGGAUCUGUGCCGCUGGUCCACGUGGAAGACGUCUGCGAGGCCCUGGUUUUCUGCAUGGAGGAGAAGAAGGCAAGUGGCGGCAGGUUCCUGUGCGCAGCUGGCAGCCCGAGCGUCAGGGAAAUCGCCACGUAUAUCCAGUACCACCAUCCCGAGUGCCACGUGGAUGACACGCUGAUGGGGGAAGUUGGGAAGGGAAUCAAGUUGGACAACUCGAAGCUGAUGAAGAUGGGGUUUAGGUACAAUUAUGAUGCAAAAGCUGUUAUCGAGGACAGCUUGGAGUGUGCCAAACGCCUUGGUGCUCUUCCUGACCAUUGAUUUCGGGUGUGGAAACCCUAGUUUCUCUUUUCUUUUGCCAUGCAAGUGUUAUAUAUGUUCCAUCUAAUAUAUGUAAUCUUGUGGUCUUAUAAUGAUAUAUACGAAUUUCUUCUUUAAUUAUACAUGCUAAUUGCUAGCUGUAUGUUUGGUAAACGAUCAUGUUCUUAGUAGCAAUAUUGACUGGGAUUUGUGAUAUCGUACCUUUCCGGUACGUGGUUGAACUAUAAAACGGUCCAUGACUGUAGCCAAGCCAAUAUGUACAAAAAAGUUUGUAUCAGAUUGAUAUAUGUGGCAAAACUCCUUACUAACUAUGUAUCACCAACAUGAUUGACAAUGAAUUAUAUGGUUGACUUGAUGUGAUAAUUCUUCUCCAUCGUUAGGGUUUCACAAAUAGGGAUACUAAAUUGUAUCAAUUGAA